CCAUGGCACCCAUGAUCCAGAAGCCACAUCCCCUGAGCUGCUUCUGACUGGCUGGGCCAGGGGAGGAAGGAAGGGUGGGAAGAUUUCAGGUCUCUUUCUCUGGGGCUCACUCUGUUCAAACUGCUCUCUUGUCCACAUUCACUGGAUCCCUGCGUCUGUCCCUCAACUUCCCUUAGAUGGCCACUCCAGCUCCAGCCAUUGUUCUCAUCCUCCUCCUGAGCCUGCCUUGGCUUCCCGAGUCUGCCCCAGGACACAGGAUACAUGGAGGGUGGACACUAAACAGCGCUGGUUAUUUGCUGGGCCCCGUCAUUCAGCUGCCCCGGGGAAGCCAUCAGACCCCACACAGGGAAGCCAAGAAGCCUGAGCUCACAGCCUGGUGGGGAGCCAAGGAUGGGCCGCUCCCACCCCAGCCCCCUGAGGACGUCCCCAGGAGGGGCCUAGGAGGGCCGCUGCCCCGGCCAGAGAUAAGUGCCUGGCCCAGCUGAGAGUAGGGAGGAGGAGGGGGCGCCAAAGGGAGGAGCCAGAAGCCAGAGGAGCAGGAGGAGGAGGAGGAUGGCUGCUCGAAGCUCUCCCCAGCUGGCCAGACCUGGUUGCUUUGGCUGGAGAGACCCAGAAGAAGA